CAGAUAACUUUGACAAGUGACAUUUGAUAAAUUUUUCAAGUGUUGUACGAAUUUGUGUAAUUAUCUUGGCUAAAAUGGCUGCAAUUCUUCAGAAAGCAGCUUUGCAAUACCUGCGGGCUUCUGCCCGUUCCUCUUCUCACGCUGCCACCGCUGGAGGACACGGAGGUGGCCACAAGCUGUGGAAGAAGCUGUCGUUCUUCGUGGCAUUCCCCGCAGUGGGUCUGGGCAUGGUGAACGCAUACCUGGCCCACCAGGAGCACGCGCACCACGAGAGGCCCCCGUUCGUGCCCUACGAGUACCUGCGCGUCCGCACAAAGCGUUUCCCGUGGGGUGACGGCCAGAAAUCCCUGUUCCACAACCCCCACGUCAACCCCCUCCCCAACGGCUACGAAGAUGAGCACUAAACACCAUCAUGUCUGUAAAUUAGUAAGAUCGUGGAAAGCAUUAGAUAACAAUGUGUAUUGUAAUAUUAAUAAGUUAAUAAACUGAUGGAAACAUCA